AAAUCUAUAUGGAAGAUGAAGAUGAAAUUGAUAGGAGAUCACUUAAAGAAAUAUGGAAGAGGAGGAAACAUCCUAGGAAGGAAGAAAAAGGGCAUUGGUUUUAUGGGAUUCACUGUCAGACAGAAAAUACUGAAUUAUAUAAACUUGCAGCAUCGCUUAAAUCAAAAACAUUAGUAAACACAGAAGAAAAAUAUAAUCAUGAGGAGUUAUAUAGUCCUGAAAGAUUUAUGCAUGAGAAGCAAUGUGGGGAUAUGUUUAAGGAGAAUUUCAGUUUAUCGUAUGAAUCAAAAUCGCCUAAAAAAACAAGUAAUAAGAGCAAACGAUCAUUUUUUUGGCUUCCAGAAAUUAAAGGACUAAAAAAAGAGAAACAGAAUCAUACCUUAGAAUAUGAUUUAAAAACAUCUAAUCCUCCUACAUUUAUUGACAUGUAUGGAACAAUAUCUGAAAAUAAUAUAAAAAUACCACAUCCAUUAAAUCCUGUAGAACAACCAAUUAAAAAUGUAUACCAAGAAAAAAGUGAGUUACCGGAAAAGCAGAGGAUUUCUAAAAAUAUCUCUUCUAUAUCUAAAACAGAUUUUUUAUUGUCUAAAUUACUCGAUUGCUUUUCAAAACAACCAAAGAUUCUUGAAACAAAAGGAACACAAACAUCAAAAUAUUCAACUCCUACAACAGAAAUGAAUCAUACAUAUCAGACUUAUACACAAACAUCUUCGUCAAUUGAUUCACACAUUUCAUCACAAAUAUUUGUUGAUGCAAGAGAAACUUUCAUGCCGAGUCCUGUAGAAGAAAUCAAUCUUUACAAACCGAAAAGAGAAAAUAUAAGGAAGAAAGAUGAAGAAAAUCCUCGAGGUUAUUCUGGUAUACAUUGCCUUUGUCAGAAAAUAUCUUUAAGACGUACUUUAUUUCCUCCAAGUGUAUCUCCAUGUAAAUUGUAUACUAUUAAGAAUAUGGGAAAUUACGAACCUCAAAGGUGUUAUGAAUCAAAGUAUAUAAAUUAUCCUUUUAGAAGAAAGAUGCAGAUCUCACCAAAAAACAUUACACCGUCUCAGUCCAGUAUAUAUUCAUUCACUCCUUUUAUGAAAACAAGAAUUCCACCUACAGAAAUAUCUCAGAAAAAUGUGUCGCCUAAUUUUAUUAUAAAAAAAGAACUCAGUUCUCCGUUUUCAUAUGAAGCAAAAGCUGAUUAUUCUACUUUGCAAUACCUCGAACUACUAAGUAAUGAAGAAGAUUACAUAAAUAACGAUAGUAAAUGUAUUAAGAAAAAAUCUAUAAUUGAUGAAUCUUUGGGAAUGAAAUUUAAAAAUGAGAUUAAUCAAGAUAAAAAAGCACUAUUUAGCAAAAAGGUCGAUCUAUCGCUAACUAAUGAUAAUAUAAUUAAUUACCAGAAUCCAGAGAAUGAUCUUUUUGAUAUUUCUGAGUUGGAAAACAAAAUUAACUCUAUGUUAUCAGCUUUAUCAACAGAAAACAAAUCAAAUAUUUUAACAAGACUUCAAGAAAAAGCUGUUUCUAAAAAUAAUUUAGAAUCUAUUUUGAGAGACGAGAAACCCUUGGGGAAAAUGGAAAAUAUAAAGAAAAAUGCAAUGUCUAAACAAAUAUCUAGCAAUCAUACCAAAAGUGAUAUUUUUUCAGAAGCAAAUUUUGAGAAAAAAGGAAAAGUUAGAAUUCCUUCAAUAUUUCUUAAUAAAAAUAAAAGUUCUCCUUUACAGCCUAUAUCGAAAACACCGGGGCUUACUGUAUCUUCUCAAAACAUUAAGAUUACACAAGAUAUUUGUCCAAAGAUAACUAGCUCAUCUAAAAAUAUAAGUAAAAAGGAAAAUUCAAGGCCUCAAGAUUCUAUUAUUACUAAUAUAGAAAAAAACAAUAACAACCAAACACAUGUACCUAUGGAAAAAGAGACAGACUCCUUUUUAUUUAAAUCAUAUACAAAAAAAGAACAUCAGAAAAGCUCUAGUCCUGCAACUAACUUAGACAGACAAAAAUUAGCUACCAUUCAAGAUAUAAACUCUCGUAAAAAUAAAUCAUCUCCUCUGGCGUUAAAAAACACUUCAAUGUCACAAUUAUAUAAGAAAUCAUCUAACACUUAUUCAUCAAUAACUCAUAACACAUCUACAUUUGAUUCCGAAAAUUUUUCAAAAAAUAAUCAAAUUCCACUAAAAAAAUCGGUUAAAUCAUUUAAUACAGGAUGUAAAGUUAUUAUUCCACCCGUAUUUUUAUUAGAAAAAGACAAUGACGUCAAUAAUAACAAUAUCCUCAAGGAGUCAGUUUCUUUGAAUAGGUUGCCAUCUGAUUCUGCUUUGAAUAGUACGCUUUUAAACAGGAAAAAUAGUGAAUCAUAUAAUAAAAAAGCAAAUAAUUAUCACCAAAAAUUUAAAUUGGACAAUUUUAAUGAAUCUAAGAAAAUUAGCUCUUUGCCUGAUAUUAAACGUUCUUUUAUAGAAAACAUAUGUCCACAAUCGAAAUUAACAUCUAAAAAUAAUCAAAACAAAUCAGAUCAUUCCUCAACAUCAUCCUCAUUUUAUUGUAAACAGGAAUAUAAAAAUGACUCAAAAAUCGGUUUUACAUCUUCUGGUUUGAAAAAAACAAGAGUUGAUUCGAAAAUUGAUAUACCUACUAAUUUUUCUGAUAUAAGCACAAAAACAAAAGAUGUUUUUGGGGAUAAAUCACCUCGUCAUAAAUAUUUGGUUUCUGCAUAUCAAGAGGCGAUUAACAUCUCAACUAUAUCAUCUAAAACAACUAAAAUAAAUGAACUUAACAGGACACAACCCAACAAAAUUAUUAUUCCAAGUAUUUUUACAAUGUCAUAAAAAUCUAAAACCUUUACAAUAUUCAAAGCAUUAAUAUUAACAUUGCAAAAAUAUAAUGCAUUUACAA